AUGAGAAGCUUCCGCGAACUCCUCCAGCAGGUGGAGGAAUGUCAUGAUGCUGAGGUUGCAAGGCUCCGCGACUAUUGCGCGGAGCUGGAACAGCACAUGGACGCCAGUCCUUCCAACCGCCGUCGUCGCGGUCAGGAAGCCCAUGGCAGCUCUUUGCUGGGGAGUAUGGUCCGAUGCCCGUGCUGGACCGCGGUGCCCAUUCCGCUGCCUCCGCCGAGCCUCCGAAUUGACAGGGCCAAUGCCCAAGGCAUGUCGCCACCGUUUCGGGAGGAGCCGAAGGAGGCCGUCAACGCAGAAGCAUCGGCGCUGUCAGCACAAACAGACCUCCUGGAGCCC